AUGACGGGUCAGGUGUUCACGGUAGGGUCCUUUUGUAGCAGUGGUAAGGAAAACCCUGACUGCAGUGGAGAAAGAAAGCAGAGGAAAAAUGACAGCCAGAAGAGGUGGUAUCAUCCUAAAGGGAAGGAGUCUGUGAAAGCACUAGAACCCCAAAAUAUGUCAACUGUCACUGAGUUUCAGCUUUUAGGAUUUCAAAACCUUCUUGAGUGGCAAUCCCUCCUCUUUGUCAUUUUCCUGUUCAUCUACUUCCUCACCAUCACAGGCAAUGUAGUCAUCAUCACAGUGGUGAGCCAAGACCCACGACUGGGCUCACCUAUGUACAUGUUCCUCACACACCUCUCCUUUCUGGAGAUCUGGUAUACGUCCACCACUGUGCCCCUUCUGCUGGCCAACCUGACCUCCUGGGGCCAUGUCAUCUCUUUCCCCGCCUGUAUGGCACAACUCUACUUCUUUGUGUUCUUUGGAGCUACUGAGUGUUUCCUACUGGCUGUGAUAGGCUAUGACCGAUACCUGGCUAUCUGUUGCCCACUCCACUACUCCUUCCUCAUGAGCUCAGAUGUCUGCACCACACUGGUGACAGUCUCCUGGAUGACAGGGAUGGGCACAGGCUUUCUCCCUUACUUGAUGAUUUCCAAGUUGAACUUCUGUGGGCACAACCAGAUCAACCAUUUCUUCUGUGACCUCCCUCCGCUAAUGCAGCUAUCCUGUUCCAGUGUUUACAUUACAGAAAUGGCCAUCUUUGUCCUGUCUAUUGCAGUGCUGUGCAUUUGUUUUGUUCUGACACUUGUGUCCUAUGUUUUCAUUGUGUCCUCCAUAUUGAGAAUCCCUUCCACUUCUGGACGGAUGAAGACCUUUUCUACAUGUGGCUCUCAUCUGACUGUUGUCACUAUCUACUAUGGGACUAUGAUCUCCAUGUAUGUGCACCCCAAUGCACACCUGUCACCUGAAAUAAACAAGAUCAUUUCUGUCUUCUACACUGUAAUCACUCCAUUGUUAAACCCAGUUAUCUACAGCUUCAGGAACACAGACUUCAAGGAGGCCCUUAGAAAAGUCAUGAGAAAGAAGUGUGGCAUUUAA